UUUACCGUCCGGCGAUGAUCUUUAACCUUUCUCUCCACAUGGAAAAAAUAUAAAACGAGACUUCUAAUCAUGCCUGUUGUUAUUUUCGCAAAGUAUCUCGAACACACCACAAUGGCUUGUGCAAUCAUGUCGAAAUUAUUGGUGAUUGUGGCUAUAUUCGCCAUUCCUAUUGUGUCGCAAGAUAGUUCCGAACAAAAUGAUAGAUUUGGUUUCUUCGAGAUGGUCGAUAAAUUGGACUGUAAAAAUGCUUCGACAGAUGUUCUAGCCAGACAAGAAACUCUCUAUCAGGAAUUCGUCGAUUGUGUUAAGAAUACGGUUGAUAUUAAGAUGAUGAAUCAAGACCUUCGAUUUAUGCUGAGGAGUAUAAUUACAUCGAUGAAAUUCACAACAACGCUGUCGGAUACGGUCGUAUCGUCAAUACGUGUCUACUCGCAGAGUUACUGUCCGAAAUUGAACACUCUAAUGAAAUGCGAAGAAACAUAUUCAUCAAUUUACAAGGAUUGUCUACUACCAGCCGAAGUGCAGGCUAAGACAAUAAGGAGAGACACCACCAAUCAAUUGAUAAACUACUUCUGCGAAAAUAAUGCUGAUGAGUUGAUUACUUUGAUCACCGGAAAGUUUAUCGAAUGUGUAAUGCCUCGCCAAAUGGAAAUGCGUUUCUGUUUGAAAACAUUAUUCGCAACGCCGAAAAUGGUACUUGACAAUGUUUCAAUGACGACAAAUGCAUAUUGCAAAUCCAUCGAUGACUUUUUCACCUGCACCACAACCAUUCUUCAGCAAUGUGCGUUGUCACAAUCUCCGGGAAAACUCAUGGACUCGUUGCGUUCGUACAUUAAAAAGAAUGGUGUAUGCUCCACUGUUGGUGACACGAUGAAUUUGAAAUUGUCGUUGGUGUAGAAUAUUGUAAGGUCUAUGGUGUAGGUCGUAAAGAAAUAAAUUCGCCGAUUUGUAAAAA